AUGUGGAGCACUCAGCCUGACACCUGGCUCAGAGCAAAUGCCUUAGCUGUUGCUGUUCACUCCCUGGUGUGCUGGGGUGGGGGCAGGCAGUGGAUGGGUUCCUCUCUAGUAUCUGCGCCACAGUGGUCCUUUCCGCAGAUACUGAGGAGGAUGUUUCAAAUCGGGAGCCUCAUUGUCCUCUGUGGGCUGUUGGCCCAGACCACGGCCCUGCUGGAAGCCCUGCCCGUGCCCCUGGAGCAGAAUCUGCCCUUGGCUGUGACUCCAGCCCUGGCCCCGAGUCCCACAGAUCUUGCUGGAAGCUUGACAGGUGCUCUCAGCAAUGGCCUGCUCUCUGAGGGUCUGUUGGGGAUUCUCGAAAACCUUCCGCUCUUGGACAUCCUGAAGACCGGAGGGAAUGCUCCCAGUGGCCUGCUGGGGGGCCUGCUUGGGAAAGUGACUUCACUCACCCCUCUCCUGAACGACAUCAUUGAUUUGAAGAUCACUAACCCUCAGCUGCUGGAACUUGGCCUUGUCCAGAGCCCUGAUGGCCAUCGUCUCUAUGUCACCAUCCCUCUGGGCAUGAUCCUCAAUGUGAAAACGCCCUUGGUGGGGAGUCUGUUGAAGCUGGCUGUGAAGCUAAACAUCACCGUGGAACUCUUAGCUGUGACAGAUGAGCAGAAGCGUGUCCACCUGGUUGUUGGCGACUGCACUCACUCCCCUGGCAGCCUGCAAAUCUCCCUGCUUGAUGGAUUGGACCCCCUCCCCAUUCAAAGCCUUGUUGACAACCUCACUGGCAUCUUGAAUAAUGUCCUUCCUGAGCUGGUGCAGGGCAAGGUGUGCCCCCUGGUCAAUGCAGUUCUCAGCCGCUUGGACGUCACUCUGGUACAUUCCAUUGUCAAUGCACUGAUCCACGGGCUAGAAUUUGUCAUCAAAGUCUAA